AUGUCAAAUAGGCAUUACAUGUUAAUUAGUAUUGAGAAGCACACUUGCUUUGUAGAAAGCAUUCCUCGCAGUAUUUUCCAUGUUUGGAUUUCUUCGAAUGGCAACGGAAAUGUAUCACACAUUAAGCAAUUAUGGAUUUUAGCAAUUAACUUUUUAACACAAGAUCCCGUCUCUGGCUUUGGUCCUUGUUGUUCAUCUUAUGGAAGCUCGUGGCAUUCGGUGAUAUGGUGUUUACUGCGCUAUGAAAGCAGCCAUUAUUAUUCUUACACUGGCAUCAUCAUUUAUCCGUUCUUCUUUACGCAUGACUACACAUGUUACAUAGAGAUUACAGCAUACGCCAGCACAACUACUUCAUUCACUCAUGGAUAUAUUUUCCUAUUAUUCUUUGAAAGCAAUGCAGUUCAUUGUACCGAAAUGGAUCUUAGUAUUGAUCACUACACUGCAGAUAGCACAAAUGAUUUGGAGUUGCUUCAUUACUAUGACGGCUUACAAUUACGUAAAAACUGGUGA